AUGGAUCUUAACUUGUAUUUCGUAUUGGGCUUAUUUCAACUUUCAAGUGUCUUGGCUACAGGGCAAAUACCGUUGAAAUGUUUUCUUAAAGACUUUAAUUUUUUCAACGUUCUCGGUGAAACUUCGUGUAAUGAGGUUCCUAAAGCAAACUCUCUACAUUUUGGCACUCUGCUAGUGAAUUCAACUGGCUUUAACAUUGACGGCUGGAUUUUUGAAGCAAAAAAUGUAAAAUAUAACGGCUUAGACGAUGCUGUCUUAGAUGAAUUUGGAUUUAAUUUCUCCGCUAAGGUUUUACAACUUACCUUUCACACAGAUAUGGUUGUAAAAUGUGAUUAUAAAUCAACUGGAUUUCUUCAUUCGUUACCUGUAAAUGGAGAAGGUUUUACUGAAGUGACUCUCAAAAAUCUUCAAAUGGGUUACAGUAUUCCGUUUGAUAUCAAAGAGGCUGAUGGAAAAAACUUUAUUGAACUUAAAAGUUUUGAUAACUGGUACAAUAUAAAAGAUAAAACUGAAUUUAAAUUUACGAGUCUAACUAAUAAAAAUAAAGGACUAGGUGAUGAGGUACACCAGCUGAUGAACCAAAAAUGGAGGUAUUUUACGGCACAUUAUGGAAAAAAUUUCAUGGAAUCCCUCUCUGAAAAAAUAUUUAGUGUGUUUAAAAAUUAUGUCAAGCCUUUGUCUUUAAAAGACUUUGCUGAGUGUUAAGAAAUAUUUUAAUACAAUUCUUAAGCAUGUGUUAUACGGAAUCCUUUUAUUCCUUCUUAAUUAUUAUAUCUUAUCUAAAUGUUUACAUACUUGUUACAAUACUGAUUAAGUUUAAAACGUAGCUUGUAUUAAUAAAAACGAAAUUAAAA